GCUCUCCCGGGGUCGCGACCACCCCGCGGUCUACUCGACAGAACCUCCGGGACCUGGUGAUGGGCAGCUCCCCGCAGCUGAAGAGGAGCGUCUGCACUGGCGGCAACAGCCCCGGGGGCUUCUCUGGGGGAGGACGCGGCAAAGGCGGGGGCGACUCGGACAGCGCUUCCGUUGCUUCGUCGUCGGCGGAAGAGGAGAGCAGCAGCGGGGGCUCGGUGACGCUGGACCCCUUGGAGCACGCCUGGAUGCUCUCGGCCUCGGACGGCAAGUGGGACAGCCUGGAAGCGCUGCUCAGCUGCGAGCCCGGCCUGCUGGCCAAGCGGGACUUCAUCACCGGCUACACUUGCCUGCACUGGGCCGCCAAGCACGGCCGGCAGGAGCUCCUGGCCAUGCUGGUCAACUUCGCCAACAAACACCAGCUGCCGGUGAACAUCAACGCCAGGACGAGUGGAGGCUACACCGCCCUGCACUUGGCAGCCAUCCACGGGCACGUGGAGGUGGUGAAGUUGCUGGUGGGGGCCUACGACGCAGACGUGGAGGUCAGGGACUACAGUGGGAAAAAGGCGUCGCAGUACCUGAGUCAGAGCAUCGCCGAGGAGAUCAAAAACCUGGUGGGAGCCCUGGACGACGACGAGGGCGAGAUCUCCGCCGGCAGCGGGGGUGGGCGCUGGAGGCUUUCAAAGGUACUCCCCUCGCACCUCAUCACCUACAAACUCUCGCAUGUCCUGGAGGAUGGAGGGGACCACCACCACCACCACCACCACCACCACCACCUGGCUGAGGGAUGGGCAGGAGGCAAAGCAAAGGACCCAGGUCGCAAAGCCUCAGGCAGCUCUAGUGGGCGGAUAAAACCCAGACUCAACAAAAUCCACUUCCGAACCCAGAUCAUCCACACCACACCCUCUUUCAGAGACCCGGAGCACCCUCUGGAGGAGGGAGAGCAGGAAGAAGACCGGUCUCUUAAAGGCCACUUACCCUCAUUCAAAUUGAGACCAAAGUCCAAUGUAUUUGGGUAAAAGUAAUUUUUUCAGAAAAUUCUAAUGUUUAUUUGUUGACCGAAAUACAAUACUAGAUGUAGGCAAGUAAGUGAGACCAGAAAAGACAGGCUAAAUUAUGCAUUCUUUGGGGGCUUGGGAUGGGGGUCGGGGGAGGGAGUUUCCCCUAGUAUUAUGGGUGAGGUGGAAAGCUUUCCAAGUGACUCAUCAAACCUUGACCUAGGCCCCCUUUCCCCAUGCCAUCCCUCUGCCCUGGAGUCCCUGUUUGUGAGGACUAGAUAUGUAUCUAAAUUGGGGAUACAGAAUUGACCACUGAGGGUUCCUUUGAUUUAACUAUUAUUGAAUGCUAUGCCAAGUGAGGAAUAUUGCAUGUUUAUGACUGUUUUUUUAAAAGUGGUUACCCUUCCAAAAACAACAAGAUAUGCAAAUUGUAAUGAAACUGGUAAUAUUUGUUAAGUGUGAACAAAAACUACAUACUGCCCUAUAUUUUUUACUAAUUGCAUUUGCUUUUUAAGAUGCUACAGGAAGGACAGGUAAGAGUUGAAAUGCAAAAAUACUAAUUAGAGAAUAAUGGGAAUAAAAAUGGGAAUCCUGUUGGUAUCCUGUUGUAUAGUAAGUGCUCAACUAUUUUUUAAAAAGCAACUUCAGCUUUAACCACUGAACUAAAGAAACAGGCAACAUUCACUUUUGAGUUAACCUGUACUAUGCUUCCUCUUAACUGUCUCAUCACUGCAAUAACUACACAAAUUAUUAUUUAAACAAAACACCUUUAACAAACAUACGGUACUUUUAAGUAAAAUGUUGCCUGUGGGCUCUGUUUCUCUGAUUCUCACUACCUUGUUUUGUUAUUCUAAAAGUAAAAUUUUCUGAAGUUUUUAUUCUGGGUUUAUAUAACCAUUGGUUCUAUUUGACAUGACCCUGGUCUGAUGGUGCUUAGAGUUGAAUUGCCUACAGAAACUCUGGUUUAGAUGAUUAGCAAAAAUUGGCAUAAGUGUAAGUGAGCCUAUGCUUCUGUGAAGUAAUUUUUAAAUCAACUUAUGGUACACUUUUUGUUUUACUAAUAAAACAGGCUCAUAGUCAAUGCUUUGUAGCAGUCUUUUGCAAAUGUUUAAAAUACUAAAUUCUUUCAAUUUUCCAUUGUUUCCUUGAAUCUAAUAGACAUACAGUGAAGUUAUUGAGAAGCUGGAUAGUAAAUCUACCCAGUUAAAAUAGCACUUUAUAAAAGGGAAAAGGGAAGAGAUGGUACUAAUUUCUAUAUUUAAAUGCUGCUGGCUAUUGAAUUCCUUUGCAUAUAAAUGAAAAAUACCUUUCAUUAAAAUUAAAGACUUACAUGUGGUUCUUAAUUACAUUCCAUUCAAAUAUAUCAGUGUGACCUUUUUAUAAUUAUUGUAAGUUUAACUCAAAAGCAUAUUAAAUCUAUUUGUAAUAAAAUUCAAAACGACUUUUGUGGGAGACUUAAUUCCAACAAGUCCUUCUCUUAGUCUUUUUGGUCUCAUUGCUGAAACAAAUACCUGCAGCCUGUAGAGAUUAAGGAGUGAGUUAACUUGCAGAGUGAAUGAACCAAUAUAUGAAUUGCACACCACUGCAGUCUUUAGAGAUCUUAGAUCUUUAAUUUCCUAAGUCACAGAAAUUUGUAACAAGUUUGUCACACCUCUCUAGAUUGAAUUUGUUUAAAUGUUAAUGAAAAAUAUUCACAUAAAACGUAUAGACUAUUAUCCAUUUAUGUGCCUUUAUUUUUAUUUUAGGAUUAUGGAAAUAGGUCAUGUACUUUUGAGAAGCACUUUUUGCAUACAUGUAGGUGAAAAACAAUCUAAUUUUGUAUAAAUUAAAAGUAGAUUCCUUGAAGGUGAAAGUAACCAUUUGCUCUGAAUUUUAUACACACUACCUGUAUCUAGUGCAGAAUAAGCUAUAACUUCCCACUGAGGAAUCUUACCUUUCAUUGCUUGUAAAGCUAAAGUUGAACUAUAAGGAGUAGACACUUCAGAUCCAUCUAAACAUUCUAUUGAAUAGUCAGUAUUAAGCUCUUAAAUGCGUAUGUUACUAAUUAACUGCACAAAAAUCUAUAAUUUGCUAAAUCUUUGGAGAUUGAGCCAAUAGUUCAUUUAACUUGCUUUUCACAUUAGAGAUUUUAACUUUCCUGAUAAAAUUUACUUUAAAUUUUCAAAAAUCAUUCCUGAGGGGAAACUACAUGUAGCAUUCCUUGUCAUGAUGUGCUUGUAUAGCAUUUUCAGCUACUUAACUCUACAUUCCUUUUACUUUUCAAUUUCCCAGUUGAGAGCUAAUGAUUUGUGUAAUUUGAUAUUUGUAGAGUUGUAAAUGGAAAUGAUGUCAGUUACUUAGAUGUUUGUUGAUGUGAAACUGUGUGGUUAGAAAACUCAAGAAUGUCCAUGUGUUUUGUAUAGGUACAUUUGAAACUAAUGAAUGUAUGCCACAGUUCUCUUCACUUUUAUGGUAUUUAAAAUGCAACUAGCUUAUAUAACUUGAAUAUCUGGUACUAUUUUAUUCAUGCCUGAAAUCUUGGAGUCCAAGAUGCCUUGUCUUUUAUUUUUUAAAUAAGUAAAACUUUGGGAGUUUAGAAUGUCAAAUUUGUAGUUUGUUUUGUCAAAAUAAAAGGUUCACAAUAGAUUUUUUUUCUCUGAA